GACACGACGGCUUGUGUGUCCCUUCCACAUGCUAUCAAAUGCGACACUGAUGCGGGAUCUGGUAUCUCUGUCUGUGAGUCUUUCCGUUAGCAACAGGUUUGCACCAGCAUUGACGUUAAGUGUGAAGCCUUUACUACACUUAAAGUAUAAGCAUAUUUAUAUAUAAGUAUAAUUAUAUUGGAACAAUCUCCUUUCAGGGCCAUGAAAACAAUUACAAAGAAACAUUAUACUACUAACGUGCAAACAGACAGAAAGCGUAAUACAUCAAGGAAAACGUAUCAAGUAUUGAAAGCUGAAGUUGACAGACACUGUAGGAAAAUGAAAAAGCUGGCCGAAUCUUUAACAGAUAAUACUGUUGUGCAAGAUUGUGUAUUAUCUUCUUCUUCAUCGGAUGAAUUAUCAGAAAUUGAGGUUUGCGGUCCCUUGAGUAGAAAGAAAAAUUAUGAAACUGUCACUCAAAGUAAUAUGUUAAGAUAUAGUUCUGAUCAGUCCAGCAGUAGUGUAAUGAGGUUUGAUAUAGAAGAUAUGACUUUAGGAAGUGAAAAUAAUGUAUCGACUAGUAAAAAUAAAAUAGAGGAGGAAAAUGUCCACAUUUUGUGCAAUUUUGAUUGUUCUUCUGAGAAAGGGAGAAAAGAUGCUAUUUUGGAUGUUGCUGAUAAAGGAAUGUUAUGUUAUGAAGAUGAAUAUAUAGACUGGUCAUGUAUUCUUCGCAAGUGGGCAGUUGAGAAUCAGGUCACUUUGCGAACUUUGGAUAGUUUACUUAAAAUUUUGAAGUCAAUACCUAUGUUUUGUAAUCUUCCAUUUGAUCCCAAAACUAUAUUGAGGUGUGGCAAACGGGUAGAAAUAGAGAAUAUGGGUGAAGGAACAUAUUAUAAUUUUGGAUUGAAAGAAUCAAUACGGAAGAGAAUAUUGUCAGGCCAUAUAAAGCAAAACAUGAUUUCCCUAAACAUUAAUAUAGAUUCGGUUCCACUUUUCAAAAGUAUUGGUACAUCGUUUACACCAAUUCUUUGUCUGGUAAAUGAUUCCGGACUCCCUCCAUUUAUUAGUGCCGUUUACUGUGGGCCUGGUAAGCCUGACAUAAAAAUGUUUCUAAAAGAUUUUGCCCCCGAGUUGGAAGAGCUUUUGCAUGAUGGAAUUGAUAUUAAUGAAAUUAAAUACAAAGUUGUUGUGAAAUGUUUUGUUUGCGAUGCUCCUGCAAGAGCAUAUGUCAAGUGUAUCAUAGGACACAGUGGUUAUCACGGAUGUGAGAGAUGCAUUCAGAAAGGGAAAAGUGUAGGGCGCAUUACUUUUCCUGAAAUCAGUGCUCCCCUGAGAACGGAUGAAAGUUUUGCAUGCUAUGUUGAUCAAAAACAUCAUCAUGAUAUAAGUCCCCUGACAGAUAUUGGCAUUUUGAUGGUCUCACAGUUUUCUCUUGACUAUAUGCAUCUAGUAUGUCUUGGUGUUAUGCAUAGACUUUUAUUAAAAUGGAUUAAGCAAAAGAGAGAAUAUCAAUUUUCUUCCAAAUGUAAAAGAACUGUGACAAGUUUGCUUCUCGCAGCUGCAAAGGUUUGGCCUUCUGAUUUCAAUCGUAAGCCACGUUCAUUAGAUGAAGUAAAGCGUUGGAAAGCUACAGAGCUUCGACAGUUUUUAUUAUAUCUUGCUCCUGUUGUUCUUAAAAACUAUUUGCCAAGACUUGUGUAUCAGCACUUUCUCCUGCUUCAUGUUGCAAUAACAAUAUUUAUAAGAGAGGAUUUGCACAAGUGCAUGCAUUCUGAAGCUGCAGAGACGUUAAGAGACUUCGUUAAGAAAGGUACAUCUCCUGAACUCUAUGGCGAGACUUUUCCAGUAUACAAUGUUCAUGGACUUAUUCAUAUUGUUGAUGAUGUAAAGAGAUUUGGUGUUCUUGAUAAUGUUUCGGCAUUUAUUUUCGAAAAUGAAUUGCAUCGAAUCAAGCAUCUAAUUCGAGGAAGAUCAAAGCCUUUGCAGCAAUUAGUAAAUCGAAUGACUGAGAUUGAAAUUAAUGGGUUUGCUACAGCCAAAGCACGCCAAGAUGGAAUAGUUGAAUCGUCGCUCCAACGUGCAAGUCCUACGGCAGAAUUACAAGGUGGUAGUAACUACUCAAAAUACAUUCAUAAUGGAAAAACUUUAACAUUGAGAGAUGGAGAUAACUUUGCCAUGUUACAUGAUAGCACAAUAAUUAAAGUAAUUAAUUUUUACAAGAAUCCUGUCAGUGAAUGGGUUAUAGGAAAGAAAUUUGUACAGUAUAGAGACUUGUAUUCUGUUCCUCUAAAAUCUUCGAAGCUGGGAAUAUUUGUAGUUGAAAAGCUAAGUGACCUCCCAAGAAAGUAUCCAGUCAAAAAGAUUAGAUACAAAUGUGUUGCUAUUCCUUUGGAAAAACGUGGAGCUUAUGCAAUUUAUCCAUUAGUUAACUAAAUUAGGUUUAUCUAUUAGCAAAUUGUACAAACAUGGACAAAUGAUUUUGGCCGAGUCAAGUCCAUUAGUGAGAACGUUACUUGUUCUUUUUGUAAAAAAAGAAAGUUUACAUUAAUGUAUAUACUAUGACAUGAUAAGACAAAGUGACAGACAGUAAAAUGUGUGAGUUAGGAUUUAUGGCUAUGAACAGUAUAACCUGCCUCUCUAUAAAGCACCUUGUCUCAUGAGGGAGAUGCGUUCUCAAUGUAGGAUGUAAAAGGUGUAAGAAGAAUUUAUCGUCUUGUAAGGUGCAAUUUCUGCAUUGCAGAAUUUCCAUUAGAAAAAAAUGCCACAUCAGUGAUACCUUUUUCGUGGAUUAAAACGAAGGAAGGCUCAACAUUUUGUUUGUGGCCCACUAAAUUAUCCAAUUC